AAUGAGGAAAGAGCAUUUCGGAGGUUUUCCGCUUUCACCGAAGUUCUUGACAGAUCCGACUUUGGCUUGAAAGAAUUCAAGAUGGCUGCAACAGGAAACUAGACAAGGGCCAACUCUUCUGCAUUCCACUGUGCAUGAAGCUCUCCUGAGGUUGUGCUGUCUAAGUGCUCCGUGUCCCAUCUCUUCCUGCCUCUCAUCAUGUCCUCCACCUCCUCCUCCUACUCCUCCUCAGGGGAGACUAGUCCAGAGGAUGUGCCCCGAGGUGGGGGCACCAUCAGAGUCUACCUCCCCAACAAACAGAGGACAGUGGUGAAUGUUCGCCAAGGACAGACUGUGUACGAGAGUCUAGAUAAAGCGCUCAAAGUGAGAGGCCUGAGCCAAGACUGCUGUGCUGUAUUUCGUCUUCUAGAAGGUCGUAAGAGACUCACUGAUUGGGACACAGACAUCACCCCUCUGGUUGGAGAGGAGCUUCUAGUCGAGGUCCUGGAUGAUAUACCCCUCACCAUGCACAACUUUGUACGGAAAACCUUCUUCAAACUGGCUUACUGUGAUUUUUGCCACAAGUUUCUUUUUAACGGCUUCAGAUGUCAGACAUGUGGCUACAAAUUCCACCAGCACUGCAGUAGCAAGGUUCCCACUGUGUGUGUGGACAUGGACACAGUGACCAAACGGAUUGAUACUAAUCCCUGCACAGAUGAGUACCCACGGAUACUAUUACCAGAAAAUUCCCCAUCGCAGAGCAACCUAGCCUUAACCCCAGAGCCUCCUGGGAUGGACCUCCUGUCCCCAACCUCGGCUUUUCAUUUCCCCAUGCCGAGUGGGGAGGGCCAGUCCCUACAGAGGCACCGCUCCACCUCCACUCCCAACGUGCACAUGGUCAGCACAGUGGGGCCAGCUGGUGCCAGCAUUAUAGAGGAAGCGCUGAAAUUCAACAACAUAUUGGGCCCUGAACCGUCACCAAAACCCUCCACCAGCCCACCGUCUUCACUGGGCUCUCCGGGGAGGAGACCGCCAAAGUCUCCCUCAGAGCACAAGGAGCGCAAGCCUUCCUCAUCCGACGACAAAAAGAAAGUGCACCGAGGGGGCUACAGAGACUCGAGUUACUACUGGGAGGUCCACUCUAGAGAAGUCAACAUCCAGAAGAGAAUAGGUGCCGGCUCCUUUGGAACAGUCUUCAAGGGCAAGUGGCAUGGAGACGUGGCAAUCAAGAUCCUUAAAGUCACAGAGCCAACCCCCGAACAGCUGCAGGCCUUCAAAAAUGAAAUGCAGGUCUUAAGGAAGACUCGCCACGUCAACAUCCUGCUGUUCAUGGGUUAUAUGACUAAGCCCAACUUUGCCAUCAUCACCCAGUGGUGUGAAGGCAGCAGCCUGUACCGCCAUCUGCAUGUCACAGAAACCAAGUUUGACACUAUGCGGCGCAUCGAUGUGGCCAGACAAACGGCACAGGGCAUGGAUUAUCUUCAUGCAAAGAACAUAAUUCAUCGAGACCUGAAAUCAAACAAUAUCUUUCUCCAUGAGGGCUGGACUGUGAAGAUCGGAGACUUUGGCUUGGCCACGGUGAAGUCUCGGUGGAGCGGCUCUCAGCAGGUGGAGCAGCCCAGUGGAUCCAUCCUGUGGAUGGCUCCCGAGGUGAUCCGAAUGCAGGACACCAACCCCUACACCUUCCAGUCAGACGUAUACGGCUACGGAGUGGUUCUGUUUGAGCUGAUGUCAGGGACUCUGCCUUACUGCAAUAUCAACAACAGAGACCAGAUAAUCUUCAUGGUUGGACGCGGUUACUUGUCCCCGGACCUCAGUAAGCUCUUUUGUACCUCGCCCAAGUCCAUGAAGAGGCUCAUCGUUGACUGUCUAAAGUUCAAACGAGACGAGAGGCCCCUGUUCCCACAGAUCCUUGUGGCCAUCGAGCAGGUUCAAGACCUGCUGCCAAAAAUUGAGCGGAGUCGCUCUGAGCCGUCGCUCCACCGGGCCGUCCAUGCUGAGGACCUGAACCCCCUCCUGUUCCACACCACCAGGCUGAUGCCCCUUUAGGCGCGGCCUGUCCAAACCACAGAGGGACCACGAGGCCCGACUCCCUGCCCCGCGGAGCCCUGCGACUGUAGCACUCAGUAAAACUCAGUCACUGUAACGCAUUCCUCCGUCUCCUAGUGAAUCCUCUGUUCCACAAAGAUCUACUCAUUCGGGGAAAUCAUUGUCUCUAGAAGGACCUUUUGCACGUACUCUAUCAAACCGAUGCUUUGCACAUACUGUCAAAUUUGGUUGGCCAUUUUCAGUAGUAACGUAGUCUUACUCAGCCCUUCUAAAGAAGGACUGUAAUCUUAUCCAAAAUAUUGAAACUACGACACAUUAACGUUAAGUCCUUCUGUUACCUUGGAGACAGCUUCUCUGCACCUUGGGACUGUUUAGGGGAGUUGGAGGCUGCAGUCAAAACGUUGACAUUGGAAUUCUAAAUGAAAAUUCAAAUGAUUGUUACAACUAGAGUCCAAUAGUGUCUUUGUAGAAGUGUUUCCAAAGGUCCACAUCUAUUGAAAAAGUAAAACUGUUGGACUGAAAAGAGAGUUAAAGUCUGAAUGAGCACCUGGCUGGUAGAAGUGGAGCAGUUAGCCCUGCAGGGCCUAUAAUGCAUAUCAUCUGGUUCUCUUAUUCUCACAGUAACUAGGACAUCCCUGAAAUGGUAUCCCACCACAACGCUUGUUCUCAUAUGUUCACACUGAAUGCAGGAUUACCAAUAUUUUGACAAUGUAUACAGAAGGGUUGGUCUCAUAAUUGAACUUGUCAAUCUCAUUCCAAAAAUACACAAUUUCAAGAUAUUGAUAAGUUUUUAUUUUUUUCCACUUCAGAAAAAUGCUUUAAACUUCCUGGCCACUCCCACGCAGCAGAGUAUGAACAUGACAUUGUGAUGUAUGUGCUCUGAGGCGCUCAGUAGACUCAGUGCACAGCAACUGCUCAACGUUGUGUAAAAAGCUCCCUGUGUUGGUCAAUGAAGCAAAGUACGCUCUGUGAGGUCCAGUCCUCUCCCAGAAUGUCCUCAGGCUCCAGGCCACAGGGGGGCUGCUGAGGCGUGUGUAUAUAUGCUUAUAUUCCAGCCUAAAGUGGAACUGACAGGCCAUAGUUCCUUUGAGUCUUAAUGCACAUGGUGAGCUGCGUUGCUGCUCCAUCCAGAGAUGACACACCGCUCCUUUGUGGUCUUCAAAGUGUGUUCUUACCACCACUGAGUGAUGUUUCACAGUCACCCGCCCACACUCCAUACAGUACUGUGGCUGUUGGACAUGGAGGACACUGCGUCACUCCAGACACACUGGGAGGUGUGAGAAGUGGAGUUGAGCUUUGUUCCUUCACAAAGCUUCAGAUGCUCCAGAUGAGUGGGCAGCUUCUGCUUUGAAGCAUAAUGAAGCCUUACAAGUUGAAUGAGCUCAUGUAGCUAGCUGGCUAGUUGAGUAGCAUCGACGGGAGCCGUCUCUGACUGUGGUCCCGAGCUCGUCCAUCAGCAGACUCUCCCCUCUGCGGGGCCCCGGAGGACAAAGCAGGACGUCACUCAGAGAGGCGUUGGUGAGCCGUGUAGGGAGAUGCCACGGUGGACAUCGAGAAGCUUCUCAGGUGGUGGGGUGAUUACCUGUGCUACGUCCUUUAUGAAAUACUGCUUAAAAACCAAAGUAGUCAUUUCAUAUCGGUUUUUCUUAUUAUUCAUGGCUCAUAAAAGGAAUCCCACAGAGGGGCCGGUGAGCUGGUGUCUCCUUCACUUGAACCAGCUGCUUUGAUCUGUGGCACCGUGUCCUCCGUCUGGUUGUGUUGCUUCAGGUUCCUAACUGUUGUCCAUGAUGAAACUUGGUGUGGAUCUGACGGUAACAAGCCUUUUCUCUUCAUCAGUGUGGGUUGCCCUCUAUCUUCUGCUCUCGGGCAUAAUUGGUCAUCAUGGAAGUAUUUGCUGAAAGAUACUACUGAGUCACCUGGUCGAGGUGAGGGGGGUGUUCUUUGAACUGGCCUUGCUUCUCUAUAUUGUGUCAGCAGAUCACACAUUUAGACUCGGAUAUGUCAGCGUGGUUACGGGGGGGCUGGGUUCCCUUCCUGUUACUCAUUCCAGUCCAUUAGGUGGGUGUGUGAACUCGGGUUUGGAAAUAUUUUAUUUCUGUCUCUCUUAUUUAUUGAUGUCUUUGCAGAUGUUCUCGAGUACAUGUUUACAGAGAGACAUCGCUCUUUGCAACACCGACGUCAUCCCGAAUGACGUCUGUCCCGAUGCCGUCCCCUGCAGGUGUAUUUCUAGUGGCUUGUCUUUAAACAUCUCGAGCACAAACUAGGUAUCAAACCUGUUAGCAAUACUUUGUUCAUGGGGUUUCACUAUGACAGGAUUUGUUAUUGGUAACACAAACCCCUGAAAAAGGAACCUGUGCAGCAGUAUUUGAAUGGCCUAAUGGCCCCAGGUUCCCAGUGUCGAUGCUCUCAGGGCACCUCUCCAAAGGUUUGGUUAGUCCCCAGUUCGGAACCAAUAUUGGCACUGAGUCACAUUCACGAUAGCGUGCUGCUCCUGAAGACGUCCUGGGGGGGCUGUAUCAGAGUAGUUUGUUUUCAUAUCUUUAGGGGAAUUGAAAUACGUGUUCAUAGUUUCUGAGGUGUCAGGGUGUUGAGUCGGCAAUAAAUGGUAUAUUCUUCUGUGUACAGUUACAUUUUUUUUUUUUUUAAUUACAAAAAUUGUAAUUGUCUAUUUUUUGUGUUAUGGUUUCAAAGAACAAAUUAUUUUAAUGUGUAAAGGAAAUCUUAGUAUUUUUUUAGGGUUUUUGUCUUAAAAUAU